AUGUGGAUUCUCGAUUGGUACAUCCGUUACGCAGUUUGGGACGUCCUCGCGUCCCUGGGGCUGAUGAACAAGCAUGCGAAGCUGCUGUUCCUCGGCCUUGACAACGCAGGCAAAACGACCCUUCUCCACAUGCUGAAAAACGACCGCGUGGCAGUCCUUCAGCCGACCCUGCAUCCGACAUCGGAGGAGCUGAGUAUUGGAAACGUGAAGUUUACGACAUUCGAUCUGGGUGGUCACGCACAAGCGCGGAGGUUAUGGAGAGAUUAUUUCCCCGAGGUGUCUGGGAUCGUGUUCCUCGUCGACGCGAAAGACCACGAACGACUCCCAGAGGCCAAAGCCGAGCUAGAUGCGCUGCUGUCAAUGGAAGAACUCGCAAAGACGCCGUUUGUCAUCCUAGGAAACAAGAUUGACCACCCGGACGCCAUCUCCGAAGAUCAACUCCGCGCGACCCUAGGCCUCUACCAAACCACCGGCAAAGGCAAGGUCCCCCUCGAAAACAUCCGGCCCAUCGAGGUGUUCAUGUGCUCAGUGGUUCUCCGCCAAGGAUACGGCGAAGGCAUCAGGUGGCUCAGCCAGUAUGUUUAG